AUUCAGUUGGUUUUCCGUGGUGAGCGAAUGCGGUUGCGGUGAAAAAAAAUAACAAAUUUCUUAGCGAAAUAGCAAAAGGGCUUUGCAUGCGCAUACUGACGAUUGUGUUCGAAAUUUAAUUUAAUUCACCAGAAAAAAAAUCAAUAAAUGUGUGAUUUGAAAACAAAAUACCAAAGUUAACCUCAAAGUUGACAAUUUGAAAUUUGUCCAUCAUUGUGGCAUUUGUUUUCUCGGAAACACCUGAAGCAGGAAUAGCAUUAUCACUAAUUGCCAUGGGCGUUAUUGGCUUUUGCAUACACUAUGCCAUAGCACUGGUAAUAUUAAAUAAAGAGAUUAAACCCUCCGUCGGUAUGCUAUAUCCAAGAGAAUCGGAGACGCGCGAGGUUCGCUCCCUUGACGGCUUGUGGAAUUUCGUCAAAUCGGAUCCCACCAAUCCCACGCAAGGUGUUCGCGACAGAUGGUUCGCAGAUGACCUGAGCCGUGUGCAGGAAACCAUUCCGAUGCCGGUGCCGGCCAGUUACAAUGACAUUACCACUGAAAAUGAGCUGAGGGAUCAUGUGGGGACUGUGUGGUAUGAUCGAAAGUUUUUUGUACCCCGCUCUUGGGCGGAUAAGCAAAGAGUUUGGCUGCGUUUUGGCAGUGUUCAUUAUGAGGCAUUUGUUUAUAUCAAUGGUGAAAUGGUUGUGCGGCAUGAAAUGGGUCAUUUGCCUUUCGAGGCUGAGAUUACGAAUUUUCUGAAAUUUGGCGAAGAGAAUCGUAUCACAGUCAUGUGUGAUAAUGCCUUAAUACAAACCACUGUGCCUCAGGGUAAAAUUACCGAAGUGUCCAGAGAUAAUGGCGUAGCUAUAGUACAAACUUAUUCAUUUGAUUUCUUCAAUUACGCUGGCAUCCACCGAUCUGUGCAUUUAUAUACAACACCCUUAACAUACAUUGAGGAGAUGGAAAUAACCACCGACCUCUCAAAGGAUAAUAAUGUUGGUUUGGUGUAUUACAAAGUAAAGACCAAUGGUACGGCUGCCAACGAAGCCGAGAACAACUUAUAUGUGCGCAUUCAGCUACGCAACAAGGAAGGUAAAAUUGUAGCCAAUGAAACGUCAAAUAGCGACCUUAAGGGUGUCCUAGAGGUACAAAAGGUUAUGCCCUGGUGGCCAUAUCUAAUGCAUCCCGAACCGGGUUAUCUCUAUCAAAUGGAAGUCUUUUUACAUGGAGUCAAUAAUGUGCUUCACGAUGUUUAUCGCAUAAAAGUGGGUAUUAGAACAUUAAGCUGGAAUAAUACCUCGUUUACGAUCAACAGCAAACCGGUAUAUUUCCGAGGCUUUGGUCGCCAUGAAGAUUCAGAUAUUCGUGGUAAAGGUUUGGAUCUGGCCUUAAUGACACGUGAUUUCAAUCUUCUAAAAUGGAUUGGGGCUAAUGCUUAUCGGACUUCCCAUUAUCCAUAUUCCGAGGAAUCGAUGCAGUUUGCAGAUGAAAAUGGCAUUAUGAUCAUUGACGAAUGCCCCAGUGUUGAUACAGAAAAUUUCAAGCAGGAAUUAUUGGAUAAGCACAAAUCAUCCAUGGAGCAAUUAAUCCACAGAGAUCGCAAUCAUCCCAGUGUUGUCAUGUGGUCCAUUGCCAAUGAGCCUCGGACUAACCAACUAAAUGCAGGCUCCUAUUUUCAAUAUGUAGCAAACUAUACCAGAGAACUGGAUCCUUCCCGGCCGGUUACAGCUGCCAUAGCCGUGCCGUCAUCAGAUGAUAAAGCUGCCAAAUACUUAGACAUAAUUAGUUUUAAUCGCUAUAAUGGUUGGUACAGUAAUUCCGGGCGUUUGGAUAUGAUAACAAAGCGUGUCAUAGAUGAGGCAACCACCUGGUUUAAAAAGCACAACAAGCCCGUCAUAAUGUCAGAAUAUGGCGCCGACACUGUUGAGGGCUUACAUCUGUUGCCCUCAUAUGUCUGGUCGGAGGAAUACCAAACAGAGUUGUUCUCCCGUCACUUCAGAGCAUUUGAUACGCUGCGCAAGGAGUCUUGGUUCAUAGGAGAAUUUGUUUGGAAUUUUGCCGACUUUAAAACAGCUCAAACUGUGACCCGUGUUGGUGGCAAUAAGAAGGGCAUCUUCACCCGCAAUCGACAACCCAAAGCUGUGGCCCACCUAUUGCGUCAGCGCUACUUUGCCUUGGGUCGUGAAGUCGACCAAUGCAAUUUUCCCGAAGACCUCUUCACCUACAUUGCUGAUGUGCGUCCGUCGCGCAAUGCCAAACACGAUACUACCGAUUUAUAAUUCUAACUGGAAAUCUGGGGCCAAAUUCUAGUCGCUCUCUAGAUUUAUUCAAAACUUUCCAUUGCAUUUUUGCGCUUAUUUUUUUUCUAAUUGUGUAUGUACGUUUGUAUUUGAAAUAAGUUGUUCAACCUUUUUUAUGGGUUCAUGUAUUUAUAAACUAUUUAUACGCAUUGUAUUACUACCAACAUGUAUUUUAUGUACAUUUAUUAUAUAUGAAAAUAGUAAAUUAUAGUAAAAUAAACUAUUUUUUAUAUUGAAAUGUUAAA